AUGUCGAGUACAAAGACCCUCAUCUUGACUGCGACCUACCCUGCCGAUUUCUCACCGCCGAAUUCGAGUCGUCACCACCGACUGCAUCGGCGCAUCAUUUCCGCUCUGCAUAUCGGAGGCUUACUUGCUAGCUUGAUUGCCACUGCACUGUUUUCCGCCGCAAUCCCGAAAUGGAACGCCAACUUCUUUCACAAUACCGGGCCAUCAUCAGGUGACUGGACGGACGGGAUGCCCCUGGGGCCCUUGACCUUUUCAUUCCUCUAUCACGCUAUCGUCCUUAUCCACGCUCGAAUCCGGAGCGUCCGGCACUCGAGCAUGCAGAGCCCGAUGCCCUCACCGUCUCCUCGCUGGAUCUUCGUGCACAUUACGGUUCUCGUCCUGGUGCUGCUUAGCCUCCUUCCCGCCCUAUUCCUUGCUGGAUACGGAGCCCUGUUCCGCGUCUGGCGCCCAGCCAUCCGCACGCAGUCCGGGAUCCUCGUUUGCAACAUGAUGAAUGUGUUCUCGCACGAGUGCGAGCCUGUGCUCUACUACAUUGGAAACCUGCAGAUCGGGGGAAUUGUCUUCGGUGCCUUGGUCGGAGCCGUUCAUUUCAUAUUGUUGCUUGAUGCUCUCCGCGGCCUAAGACGCCAUAUGCUAGUCAAGCAACUCCAGCGUGAGAAGCUCGCCCACUAUGGCGCACAUGAAGGCCGCGCGAGAAGGAAGGGCUCUCGCGGAAGCAGACGCGACCUUCGCACCCGCCACGAAUCAAGUCCUAGGGCCGGAGAGGUUGCAGGUCAGCACGAACACGACCAUCGGCAUCAGCACCAGCCUCAACGUCCACAAGACUAUCCCACACAAAUGGCAGUUGCAAGUCCUGACUCUCUCGGCGGAAGCGGGACCGGACCGCCUCCACAGCAACUGCAGGAUCGGCCUCCCUACUUCAUCCGCCCACCGGAGCAGAGCCGCGCUGGCGUCUCCCGCUGGCAGGGGUGA